GAAGGUGAGAUUGCUGGUAUUAUUAUGGUUGCCUUUGGAAUAUUUCUUCUGAUUCAAUCAAAUUCGUUUGGCUUUACUGGUUCGGAAAAUUUAAUCCCCAUCUUCAUCACAAUUAUCGGAGUAAUUGUCCUAGUCAUCGCAAUUUUGGGAUUCGUUGCGGCCAUUACACUUAGACGCAGUUUACUCCUCGCGUUCGCUAUUGCAAUUGGCUUAGUCAUUUUGGCUGAAAUAAUUGGAGGCAUCUUGCUAUUUGUCUACAGAGCCAAGUUUAAAGAAGCCCUUAAAAAUUACUUCGGAAAACUUGUUGGAGGCAUUUCUCAAGGUACAAAUUCAGCUGCACAAAAGGCUUUACAGAAAAUACAAAAUACGUUUGGGUGUUGUGGAGCUUGGGGACCAAAUGACUGGUGUGGAAAAGGAGGUGAUUCAAUGUGUCCGAAAGAUAAGAAUGAAGGAUGCGUUGAUGUGAUUUUUAAGUGGAUACAAAAAAAUUUAAUUGCUGUUGGAGCAGUGGUACUUGUUCUUGCCUUGCUUGAAAUUGGAGCAAUUACAGCAGCUUCCUGUCUAUACCGGGAAUCUUAA